AUGUCCCAGGACACCGAGGCAGAGCUGGUGGUCCAUGAGCAGGUUCAUGAUGGGGAGAAGCCACACAAGUGCUCAGAGUGUGGGAAGAGCUUCAGGUGAGGCUCCCAGCUGAUCCAGCACCGGAACAUCCACACUGAGGAGAGGCCCUAUGAGUGUGGGGAGUGUGGGAUGAGCUUCAGGAGGAGCUCCACCCUGAUCAAGCACCAGGUGACCCACACCGGGAAACGGCCCUACAAGUGUGGGAAGUGUGGGAAGAGCUUCAGCCAGAGCUGCCACCUGAUCAGGCACCAGAGGACCCACAUUGGUGAGAGGCCCUACGAGUGCGGGGAGUGUGGAAAAAGGUUCAGGCAGCAUGCCACCCUGAAUGUCCACCAAAAGCUCCACACCGGGGAGAGGCCCUACACGUGUUCCGAGUGUGGGAAGACAUUUCUGAUGCCCUCCCAUCUCCUCCUGCACUAUCAGAUUCAUGCAGAUGAGAGGCCCUUCCUCUGUCCUGACUGUGGCAAGGCAUUCAGGCAGAACACCCAUCUUGUCACCCACCAGUGCAUCUACACCAGGGAGAGGCCCCACGAGUGUGGGGAAUUUGGGAAGACCUUGAAACAGAGCUCCAGCCUGAUCCAGCACCAACUGAUCCACACUGGGGAGAGACCCUAUGAGUGUUCCGAGUGUGGGAAGAGGUUUCCAACCAGCUCCCAUCUCCUCCAGCACUAUCGGAGUCACAUGGAGGAGAGGCCCUGCUGCCCUGACUGCAGCAAGGGUUUCAACUCCAACCUCGUCAGGCACCGGCACAUCCACACGAGGAAGAGGCCCUACAAGUGUGGGGAAUGUGGGAAGAGCUUCUCACAGAGCUCUCACUUGACCCAACACCAGUGGAGGCACCGGUAAGGGAAGCCCUGCAAGUACCCCGAGUGCGGGGAGAGCUUCGUGUACUGCUCCAGCUCCAUCCCCCACUGGAGGACCCAUGUUGGGCAGAGCUCUGGUGCCCCCCAUUCCCUGUUAUCCAUGUUGGGAAUACACCUGGUUGGUUUUCCUUUUGGUUUGGCCUUAAUUUUCCUCUGCUUCAUAUUCAUCCCUCAAAUCAGCCAAAACGGGGUUAAAUGAAAGAAAUUGAUUAAAAAUAUCUGAAGUCCCACCAUUUCACAGGUGUUUGAGGGGGAAUUUAGGAUUUGGGGACACAUUCUGUGUGGAGUGCCCCUGUUGCUAAGAGGCAGGAGUUUGAUCUCACCCUUCUUGUGUUGCUAACAUCUCCUCCCUUGACCCAAACCCUAACUCCACCCCUGGGAUACCCUAUACAAACCCCACAGCCCUGCCUUUGUCCUGUCUUUUGGGGGUAAGAAAUGGAUUCUGGAGCUUUGUGAAACCAAGACCUGUCUCGUUUGUUCCCAGCAACGGCAGCUGCACCCUCCCUAGACACCAUGAACUGCGGAGAAUAGGGGAAGCCAGUGAGUACAUGUCCUGGACUGCAAGAUAAGUGUGUGUUCUAUUUGCCAUCUGUCAGAGGUGGGGCAGGUACCUUCUGUUCAUUGGGCAGUUUUCUU